CUCCUUUCCACAGAUGACGCCAAUCCUGUGGCCUUCGGCAACGGCUCAUCUCGCACUGCCAGUCGCAGGAAGAGGACCAGCUUCUCCAAAGAACACGUGGAGCUGCUGCGCGCCACCUUCGAGACUGACCCAUACCCUGGAAUCACCAUCAGAGAGAACCUGUCCCAGACCACAGGCCUGCCCGAGUCCCGCAUCCAGGUGUGGUUUCAGAACCGAAGAGCUCGCACCCUAAAAUCAAAAGGAUCCAGCAAAGACCAGUGCCAGUCUCAGAUCCCAGCGGACAGUUCACAGGCUCACCACCACACACAGGCCUUCGCACCUCAAAUGCAGCAGGUGUUUAACAAUGGACAGUUUCCUCCUGCCUUCAAUGCCACCGGAGCGUAUGGACAGUGUAGAGCCGCGUAUGGGAUUCAACCAGGAAGCUCAAUGGGCAAUAACCCCAGCUCAGGCCUGUGGGAAUACAUGCCUCAGCCAGGCUGCCAAAACUCCACUGGGGUUCCUGCAUGGCAUCAGCCUCCCAUGGAGAUGGUAAGCUACAACUCAAGCUCCAGCCAGGCCGCCUCCAUGUACCCAAGUUCAGACAUACAUGAGCUCCUUCAAAUAUUCAAAGCAGACACUCCUGAUUCUGGAUUCUUCAACAGCAGCCAAGCGAGCAGCCCAACGGAUUGUCUGGAAGUUCCGAGUUCGCAGAUGGGGAGUAUUCCGACUCCAGCACCUCUUGAGUACGGCAGGGAUGCAGGACAUCCGCCAGUGGUCCAGGAUAGCUCACUGCCAGUGCUGUCAUUGCAAGAUAUCAUAUGGGAGCUGGAUGAGGAAUGGAUGGGAGGAAAUGGACUGGACAACGGAGUCACUGGAGAGGAGCCCCCUUACUACUGAUGGCUAUGAUGAGUAUUUUUAAUGGCUCAAGUGUUUAACGUAGGAUCAAUAGUUUCAAAAUAUUUUUAA